UCGGGGCGGACCGCGCCUCCCGGGAGCGCCUCCCGCCGCCACCUCGGGGCCGGGGUCCGCCAUGGGGCGGCCGCAGUGAACGCGGCGGCGGCGGGGCUGCGCUCUCGCCCCGGCCGGGGCUCCCCUCCAUUGUUCCCGGGAGCGGCGGGCACCGCGCCUCCGCCGCCGCCCCGCGGGACUCCGCUCGCAGCGGCCGACGGGGCCCCAUGGAGGGGCGGUUGAGCGCAGUCGCCGAGCAGUAGCCGCAGCAGUGGGAUGUUUACCUGGAGGUGCCUCAUCCUUUGGGCUGUGCUGGUCACAGCCGCGCUGUCCGCUGCCAGACCGGCCCCCACGCUGCCCGACCAAGCUCUGCCCAAAGUGAACAUCGAGGUGGAGUCGCACUCGGCGCACCCCGGCGACCUCCUCCAGCUGCGCUGCCGGCUGCGCGAUGACGUGCAGAGCAUCAACUGGGUGCGUGACGGCGUGCAGCUGCCCGAGAACAACCGCACGCGCAUCACCGGCGAGGAGGUAGAGGUGCGGGACGCGGUGCCCGAGGAUUCGGGGCUCUAUGCCUGCAUGACCAACAGCCCCUCGGGGAGCGAGACCACCUACUUCUCCGUCAACGUCUCAGACGCGCUCCCCUCUGCAGAGGAUGAUGAUGAUGAAGAUGAUUCCUCCUCGGAGGAGAAGGAGGCGGAUAACACGAAGCCGAACCAGGCUGUAGCUCCAUACUGGACCUAUCCCGAGAAGAUGGAGAAGAAGCUGCAUGCCGUCCCCGCUGCCAAAACGGUGAAAUUCAAGUGCCCCUCAGGUGGGACGCCCAACCCCACGCUGCGCUGGCUGAAGAACGGCAAGGAGUUCAAGCCCGACCACCGCAUCGGGGGGUACAAGGUCCGCUAUGCCACCUGGAGCAUCAUCAUGGACUCGGUGGUGCCAUCUGAUAAGGGCAACUACACGUGCAUCGUGGAGAACAAAUACGGGAGCAUCAACCACACCUACCAGCUGGAUGUCGUGGAGCGCUCCCCGCACCGGCCCAUCCUGCAGGCAGGGCUCCCCGCCAACAAGACGGUGGCCCUGGGCAGCAACGUGGAGUUCGUCUGCAAGGUCUACAGCGACCCGCAGCCACACAUCCAGUGGCUGAAGCACAUCGAGGUGAACGGCAGCAAGAUCGGCCCCGACAACUUGCCCUACGUGCAGAUCCUGAAGACGGCUGGCGUUAACACGACAGACAAAGAGAUGGAAGUCCUUCACUUAAGGAAUGUCUCAUUUGAGGAUGCUGGGGAGUAUACAUGUUUGGCGGGUAAUUCUAUUGGGAUCUCCCAUCACUCUGCAUGGUUGACAGUUCUCGAAGCUAUUGAGGACACGCCGGCCAUGAUGACAUCCCCCCUCUACCUGGAGAUCAUCAUUUACUGCACCGGCGCGUUCCUCAUCUCCUGCAUGGUGGUGACUGUCAUCAUCUACAAGAUGAAGAGCACCACCAAGAAGACAGACUUCAACAGCCAGCUGGCCGUGCACAAGCUGGCCAAGAGCAUCCCACUGCGCAGACAGGUAACAGUGUCAGCUGACUCCAGCUCCUCCAUGAACUCGGGUGUGAUGCUGGUGCGGCCCUCGAGGCUCUCCUCCAGCGGAACCCCCAUGCUGGCCGGCGUCUCUGAGUAUGAGCUGCCCGAGGACCCACGCUGGGAGCUGCCACGGGACAGGCUGAUCCUGGGCAAGCCGCUGGGAGAAGGCUGCUUUGGGCAGGUGGUGCUGGCGGAAGCCAUCGGCCUGGACAAGGACAAGCCAAACCGCGUCACCAAAGUGGCCGUGAAGAUGCUCAAGUCCGACGCCACAGAGAAGGACCUGUCCGACCUCAUCUCCGAGAUGGAGAUGAUGAAGAUGAUCGGCAAGCACAAGAACAUCAUCAACCUGCUGGGGGCCUGCACGCAGGACGGGCCCCUCUACGUCAUCGUGGAGUACGCCAGCAAGGGCAACCUGCGCGAGUACCUGCAGGCGCGGCGCCCGCCGGGCAUGGAGUACUGCUACAACCCCACGCGCGUCCCCGAGGAGCAGCUCUCCUUCAAGGACCUGGUGUCCUGCGCCUACCAGGUGGCGCGCGGCAUGGAGUACCUGGCCUCCAAAAAGUGCAUCCACAGGGACCUGGCGGCCAGGAACGUGCUGGUGACCGAGGACAACGUGAUGAAGAUCGCUGACUUCGGGCUGGCCCGCGACAUCCACCACAUCGAUUACUACAAGAAGACGACAAACGGCCGCUUGCCAGUGAAGUGGAUGGCCCCGGAGGCUCUGUUCGACCGAAUAUACACUCAUCAGAGUGAUGUCUGGUCCUUCGGCGUGCUGCUGUGGGAGAUCUUCACGCUGGGCGGCUCGCCCUACCCCGGCGUGCCCGUGGAGGAGCUCUUCAAGCUGCUGAAGGAGGGCCACAGGAUGGACAAGCCCAGCAACUGCACCAACGAGCUGUACAUGAUGAUGCGCGACUGCUGGCACGCCGUGCCCUCCCAGCGCCCCACCUUCAAGCAGCUGGUGGAGGACCUGGACAGGAUCGUGGCCAUGACCUCCAACCAGGAGUACCUGGACCUGUCGGUGCCAUUGGACCAGUACUCGCCCGGCUUCCCGGCCACGCGCAGCUCCACCUGCUCCUCGGGGGAGGACUCGGUGUUCUCCCACGACGCGCUGCCCGACGAGCCCUGCCUGCCGCGCUGCGCCCCGCACAGCCACGCAGCGCCGAAGCGGCACUGAGGCUCCGCACGCCGCAGCUCCGCGGGGAGCUCUGCCCAAAGGUUCCGUUCGGUGUUUGCCUGGUGGUUGGCUUUCCUUUUUCCUUUUUUUUUUUUUUUUUUCUUUUUCUUUUUUUUUAUCUGUUUAAAACUUCCCCACGAGGCCCGUGCUUGGGUAUCUCCGCGUGGCCGUGCCGCAGGGUCCCUUUGGGGCCGGUCCCGGUGCAGCACCGCGCUGCUCUGCUGCCCAAACCCGCGCACGUGGGAUGUGCGGCGCCCGCCCCACGCACCAGUGCUACAACAAAAGUCCCGUGUACAUAGCUAAAAUAUGUAUAAAUAUGAAUAUAUAUUUACAUGUCUUUUUAAAAGGGUUGUUACCAGAGCUAUACCGGUUUGGUAGGAAGGUACUAGUGGCUGGUAGAUAUCAGUUGCUAUAUAUUACAAAAAAAAAAAAAAAAAAAAAAAAAAA